CAGAAGUAGUUUAUAGAUACAGCAGUAAACAUCUAAGAUACAAAAUUAAAACAAAAAAAAAAAAAAUUACAUAUUUAUUCUAUUCACAAAAACCACGGAUUUUUAUAAAAAUUUUAUAAAAUUCAAACAAAAUAAUAAUAAAAAAAUCACCAGAAAAUGCGUGCUCAUUUCGCUAGCGACAUUCCUGCUUCACCCGAUACCGAUGAUGGCUUACAGUCAGCAGAUGCCAUCGACACAAAGGAGCCACAGCCCAAGGUGGCGUCUGUCAACGAAACAGACAAUUUAUUACAGGAUCGUAUAUUAGAAUUUAAAAGUGAUUCAUCUAAAAUGGCUGUGGUUGGUGAAUUUAUCGAUGAUGUCUUACAAAAAGCCGAAGAAGAGGCCAACAAACAACAAAAGGACAAACAUAAAAAUUCGCAACAGGGUAAAAAUAAAACACAAAAACAGAGUUUUGCUAUACCAGAUUUCAAGAACGGUAAAGUUGUAAAUCGGGCCAGAGGAUUUGUGGUGCGACUCUUCGAGUCCAUUUGCAAUUGUGCUAACAAUGCAGCAGCAGCACCAGUGACACGUUUCAAAUUUCGCAGCGGCAAGCGAGCCUCAACAAGUGGUGAUGCCAGCGAAAAUAAUGGCAAAGUAGAAAACAAUAAAAAGGAGGAGAAAUCAAAAAGGAACAGUAAUGGUGGUAAGAAAAAUGAUAAAGUAAAAAUCGAUGAAACCAAUACAGAAAAAGAUAAUGAAACACAAGAAACAAUAGAAUUGCAAUAGAUAUUUUAAGUGAAGAAAACUGCAAAGAAAAAUUCAAAAUUAUAGACUUUUUUAAUAUAGCAAUACUAAUGAAAUUAUAAUGAAAUAAUUAAAAUUUUAAAGAAACUUAAAUUUAAACUAGAAUUUGGCUUACUUUUGGAUACAACUAUCAAAAGGUUUCCAAACGAACAAAAUUAAAUAAUACAGUCUGUCUAAAAAGUAUUUGUAUGAAAAUGUGUUUUAAAUGUCUUAUUAAAAAAAAAAUCAAAUAAAUAAAUACUUUAACAAAUAUUUUUCUAAUACAAACAAUAGUCAAUUGUUUACAAUAGAAUCGAUCUCUGGACUAUCGUCAGUCAUAGAAUAUUACACAUAAUUACAACAACAUUAUAAGAAAAUGGCACUAAACUUUAUAGUAUUAAGUAAAAAUAUACUUAGGAUGGGUUUUAUAGGUCUCCCUAAGGGAAAAACUUCCUCUUUUCGGGUAAACUAUAAAACCGGCACUUGAAGUAUAAAGUUAAAUAAAUAAAUCAAUAGAUGUCAAAAUAUAUAAAAUAUUUAUUAAAAAAUACCAAAACAAAUCAAUACGAACACAAGCCUAUUUAAAUACCAGGUCCAAUUUUUCUGUUUCCCUAGUGUCUAUUUUACCAGCAUUAUCAUAAACCCUUAAACUAUUCAAACCAAAUUAAAAACUGUUUAUUAUUGAUUUGAUUGAUUCUUUAUUGUUAAUUUGAAAUUAUAACGGUUAUUCCCUGAGAAUUUCUAUAGUUAAGGGUUAUACAAUUAUAUUCGCGAUUAUCGUAGAAAAAUUUAGUUCAGAACUUCAUCAAAAUGAAUUUAUAGUAAAAUCUCUAUGAUUUAAAAAAAAUCACACUCCAUUUUAUAUAAUAACGUCAUACUUCUUUAAAAAAGGUCUUCAAAAUAGAUUAUAAAUCGUUUAUUAAGCCCUUAUACACAUCAUAUCGUUAUAUAUUAAACCCCAUUAUCUCAAUGUCUGGUUAUAUUAAAGGUAAAGUUAACUUGACAGUUUUCAUAUAGAAAUUAUUUUAAUCGUCAGAAUAUCUACCGGUUAAACGAUAACUGGAGAUUGAGAUAACGGGUCUAAAUGUAUUUUUUAACUUUUUCUUGAAAUUCGAGUAGUGGAUUAGUAUGGUACUUUGUUUAAAGUAUAAAGUUUGGAAUUGAGGUUAGAUUUUUGACAGUUUUCGUAAUAAUGGAUGUAUGAGAAGAAAAUACAAAAUAUACUCGAUUCGACGUUCCGUCAUUGAAAUUACAACCUACAAAACCGAUAGCACAUGGACGACACAAGCUAGAACGAUAAUAGGAUUAAAUAAAUGUUCACUAGGUCUCAAAAUUUUACAACGAUCUGCAAAUAUUUUCUAUAUUGUUUCAUUGGUAUAUCAUUCCAUGUUGUUGUAUAUCGUUCCAUAAUUGUUUGGUAAUCGUUUCCAUACAAAUGUUCGGACUACCGUUUGAACCAAUUUAGUUCUGAGUUAGGUGUCCGGUAACUGGAUAUGCUCAAUUCCUCUAGAGAUAAGAGCUACUCAGAUGAACUACCAGUAGUUGAAUUAUGUUACACUUUAUCCCAAGAAGUACACUAGCUUAUAGAAGCGUAGGUUAUAAUUGAUCUAAUUACUUUUAUAUAAAGCAGGGUUCGAGUCCAUGGGUCUCCUACGUAGCACCCAAUAUCGAAGUGUUUUGUUGGUUCUAUUCUCUAUUUGUCUUCAUUUCUAUUUAAGUUUCCGAUCAAAGAUAAUACCUUAAGAGCUCGAUCCACAAUUGAUUUAUGGUCUUCUGGAGGUAUUCUUCCGAAAAUAAAUUGCAUACUAAUAUCGAUAUUGUAAUAAAUGUAAACCGCUAUUAGUGCCAUAUGCAAUCCAAUUUAUUACAUCCCGUGAUAGCAAGGACUGUCACCUGGAAGCUGGUGUUGUGAUUAGCAAGAUAGUAGUAUAUCCAUUAUAGAUCCCUAGCCCCGUUUUGUCUUCUGCAGAUGUGUUGCAAUAUAUUGCCGCAGAUGUUAGCUCUACAAUCUUGACUACGAUCUUCUAUCUGAGAGCAAUCUCACACAGUUUCCGGUAUGCGAUCAUGCGAUUUUCCUAGAGAAAAGAAAUUCCCAGUAGUGGUAUUAUGCUACACUUUGUCUAAGGAAGUCCACUGGAUUAUAGAAGCCUAAGUAAGAAUUAAUCUAAUUAUACUUUUAUAAAGCAUGGGUUCGAGUCUAUUGUUCUCCUACAUAGCGCCCACAUCGAUGUAUUUUGUUGGUUCUAUCCUCUAGUAUUUCUAUUUAAGUUUCUGAUCAAGUAUAUCAAGGCUUCGAUCCACGUCUCAAAUAUGGCCUGCAAGACCUGAUGUGUUAGAUAAAUUCUGAUUCGGAUUCAGCGAUGCUCAAUCCUUUAGAAAUGUAAACUUUGGUCUCUGGGUCAGUGUUAUUGGUUGAUUGUAAGACCUACGCAUAUCUCAUUACAUUAUGAAAUUGAAACUAAAAACCGAAGAUAUUUUGUUAAGGCGAUUAAAUUCUUGUACUUCUUAUAAACCAAUUUCCAAAAUUAAGAUCAUAUGCUUCACAGUUCACGAUCAAAAUGUACCAGUAAUCCGCAUCGUACUGCACGAAAUUCGAAAAAGUUAGAAAAAACAAAAAGUUAUAUCCACUACAAAAUAUCAAAUCAAAAUAUGUUUUACAGAAAAACAUAUUCUUAAAUGUUUAAUAAAUAUUAACAAAAUCCACAAAAUAAUAAUAAAAUAAAUAAAUAAAUAAAUAAAAAUAAUCGGGAAAUAAAUAACGC